UGAGAUAGACACGAAAUCAAGCCUCAAAAAGUGAAUUCGAAAGAAGGAAUUCUCCUUUUCACACACUCACUUGCGUACACCUGCUUCAUAUUCCAUCCAACCCAACCCCUUGAAUCAAUGAAUUCCCUCCUCUUGACAGAAAGUAGGAUAUCUAUCUUGAUUACAGCCUUUUUGGGUUGAUCGUCGAUUUCGGAUUCGAUGUCUGUUCAUCCUUUUCAUUCGUUAUUUACUUGAUAAACCCUUUUACGGAUUUCUGUUUUCCCAACAAGAACACUGCAGAAAUCAGCACCCAAUCCAACAGUUUAUUCUAUUGAAAAAUCGUAGAGAUCGAUCUUACCUGCUACUUCCUUCGUUGGUUGUCUUUUACUGUUUCGGUCGUUUAGAUUAUCGAGAAAUUGAGGUUUUGGAUUUAUGGGUGUGAUCGAGAUUGGUUAGGAAAGGAUUUUGGUUUAUGGGUUUAAUCUGGUGAUUUUAUUGAAUCAACAUUCAUCUGAUCUUGUUGGAUUUCGUUUGGAGUUUGGUGGGUGCUGUUGCUAUGGCGGUGACGAAAUCUGCUGCAAGGAUGGAUUACUGGAGGGAGUUUUUUCGAACUGCUAAUGCGGAUAUAUUCGAAAUCAUUGAAGGAGCGAUCAUGAUGGCUGCUUCUGAUUGCCCUAAAGAAUUCAGGAUCAGGAGAGAUGGGAUUGCUCAGAUUCUGUUUUCUUGUAAAUUGAUCAAGUGUUCUGGUUGUGAUAAAGAGGAAUUGGCCUUGCCUGUAGAUGAUGAUGAACACGAUGAUGAUGGCGGUGGUGACGGCGGUGAUGAUGAUGAUCGUUUGGGGGUUAAGUAUAAGAGCAAAUUAACAGAUGCUGAUGGGAAUUGGAGUACUAAAGGGAGCAGCAAGGUGAUUAAUGAUUCCAGAAAUGAUGAUGAUGACGACUAUGACGAUAACGAUGAUGAUGUGGGGGUUAAGUAUAAGAGCAAAUUAACAGAUGUUGAUGGGAAUUGGAGUAAAGGGAGCAGUAAGAUGAUCAAUGAUUCCAGAAAUGAUGAUGAUUAUGAUGAUGAUAAUGAUGAUGAUGAUGAAGACGACAACCAUCAUCAUCAUCAUCAGCAGCAGGAGGAUGUUGAGCUUAAUGAGAAUAACCACCAGAUUAGCAAUUACACAUAUGGAGAUGCAGAAGCUCUGACUGAUGCAAUGGAAGCAGAAUCCCAAAUUUUUGAUGAAGUUAUGAGGAUCAAAGAGAUUGUUGACAACAGCCCAGAUGAGUCGACAUCGGUUUUAUGCAACUCGUUAAGAAAGCUUCAAUUGAUGGCCAUAUCCGUAGAUACUCUCAAGGCAACUGAGAUUGGAAAAUCUGUUAAUGUGCUUCGAAAGCAUGCAUUAAAGGACGUUCGCCAGAUUGCAAGAACCCUAAUCGAAGUGUGGAAAGGUAUGGUGGAUGAGUGGGUGAAUGCUACGACAAAAAUAGCCGCUUCUGACGACACCCCUGAGUCGAUAAAUCCAUCUGUUCUCGAUGAAGAAGAUGGCCUCCCUUCACCUCCGCUCGAUGAUUUAUCGUUUCUGAACCCUCACUCGAUGUCGUUGGAACUAUCCGAGUUCUUUGAUGGCAUGGAUGACUAUGGAAAUCCAAGAAAAAGCGGGGAAUUCAACAAGAACCGUAAUAACGAUGGAAAGCCGCCGGUCCAGAAGCAAAAUGUAUCAAAAUGGAAACAACAGAAACCGUCAAACGAACAAACCGUGAUUCCAAAAGAGGAUACCGACUCUUUUCUUGCGAAACAACGAACCUUUGUCAAACCAAGUAAACCUCCGAUUGCCAAUUCUUCGUUGAGGCCAAACAUGGAAAGAAAGUUGCAAAACCCCGGAAACCCAACUCUUCCGAAGCGACCAUUGGCGCCUCAACAUAAACCGAGACCUUCAGAUGAGGAAACGGUCCAAGACAAGCUUGAAGUGACAAAGCGGAAGCUUCAGGAACGUUACCAACAAGCGGAAAAUGCCAAGAGACAACGAACAAUACAAGUUAUGGAACUGCAUGAUCUUCCGAAACAAGGCAUGCCGUUGAAAAACCAACACAUGAGGCCGGGUAACAACCAUAACAGACAUUGGGGGCACGGCCGCACUUAGACGGGAUUUAGCUGUCGGUCUUGAAAGACGAUUCGAGACCGACGGCUAAUUUUGGAGAAUUUUUUCAUAGUCUCCCAUGUAAGAUUUGGGGAUAGGUUAUUAGUUUAGUUAAAGUGGGGGAUAGUUUAUGAAAAGUGGUCACAAUUGACUUUGUUGUAUAGAAGCACCAUCUACAACUGACUUCUAAAUUGGCUGGUUAUGGCAGAGGGCCCCACCCACACCCACACCCACAGGAUAAGGCCAUAUUCUAAGUGACAUUCUUGCAAGCAUACAUAAUUAAGAGCAUUUUAGAC